UCACGCCACGAAAACAGGAAACCCUCGGCUGGCACAGCCCCUUCGCCAUUCCUCCAGCGACAGCGCCGACAGCCGUGCCUGUAACACGCAGCCAGGACAGCAAGAGCGCUUUUGUAUUCAAGUACCAGACCUGUUCUCCUUAGAAACAACCUCGAAUGGAUGCAAGCAAAUGUCUCAAGAGGAUUUUCUAAUGUUUACGGCUGCAGCGAGGGUUCAUUUUUAAGCUGGUCUCUUUGCUUCUCGGUGGAACGCGGGGGUUGCACGGGGCCGGCCCCGGGUGUCCCCGGCCCCGCGAUGGCGCCCGGCCCGCUCGGGAGGAUGCUCGGGAGCCGCCGCCUGCUGCUGCUGCUGCUGCGCCCGCCCAGCGCCGCCCGCGCCGCGCACAGAGCCGCAGACACUGGCUCCCUCACUAAACAAGCUGAAGCAGCUGCUGCUACAGACUGGAAAAAAAAAUUGACUCCGGAGCAAUUCCAUGUGACACGAGAAAAAGGAACUGAACCGCCAUUCAGUGGGAUCUAUCUGAAUAACACAGAAGCAGGAAUAUACUGCUGUGUGUGCUGCAAUGCCCCCCUCUUCAGCUCAGAGAAGAAGUACAAUUCUGGGACUGGAUGGCCAUCUUUUUCUGAGGCUUAUGGCACGCGUGGCAGAGAUGAAAGUAAAACCAAUAUCCUGAGACGACCAGAUAACUCACUGGGGUUGACUAGAACUGAAGUUGUCUGCAAACAGUGUCACGCCCAUCUAGGCCAUGUGUUUGAUGAUGGACCCACACCCUCUGGACAGAGGUUCUGUAUCAACAGCGUUUCAUUAAACUUCAAACCAAGCUCUGGUCAGUGAGAAGUGGCUCUCUCUGGCUUGCAGAACAUUCUUGUUCUGCUUGUACAGCAUGCUUGUGAAAAACUCAUGCUUUUAAUAUAUAACUCAAAUUUUGGUAUCUAUCCUGUAGUAGCUUUGUUUUCCAGCUGCUACUGUUGUUGAUAAAAUACAUAUUUUGUUAUAUCUCUUUGGCAGUCUGUCUUUUCAUGGUUACUGUGGUGUGUUGAUCUGCUUGUUGAAUUAUUUAAUUAAAAAAAAAUCUGUGCAAUAGUUCACAUUCACAGCUAUCAUCAUUAACUGUAUUGAGGCUGCUGAAAUGAGGUGUUCUGAACCUGAUACCUGUUCAGAGCAGUAGUUUUGGUAUGCAGGAACACAGAUGUACAUGGCUGAUCAUGGCAAAGCUUAUACUUCUGUAAAAUCAUCAUAUUCUUCUAAAGGAAAGCAAAAAUAACGUGAAUCUUCAAAUAAGGUCUGAGGGGUUUUUUUCCCCCGAUGUGAGAGACCUUUAGCUGAGACAAGUGACUUCUCUGUGAACCCAUAAAGGCAAAGUCCUGAAGGAGGACCUAAUUAAAACUAUUUCAGGCAAUGGAACCAGUGGAGACAUGGAGUCUUUCUUCUUAUAAAUCAAUUAUUUUGAUUCUGUGUCCAAUAGCAGAGUUGAAAUAGGGUUUGCUCCAGAAACUUCUCUUAUGGCAAUUAUAUGAUAACAUAAUGAUAUGUGUAAUAUUUUCAGACUUCUCUUAUCAGUUGUGUAUUUCAGAAUCUAAAAAUAGAAAUGAAUAUGGCAUUUACUGUAUUUGGGGGAAAUAAAUCAGCAUCAAAAACCAGGCUUGGUAAAGUGUUGCUCUGGAUGCCUUGUCUGUUCUUCCUUGUACAAGUUUGUAAAUACUUCUGCAUUCUCCCAAGCAUUGUCAUUACAGUUUACCCUAACAGCAAAAUAAAUCCUAUGUCUG